GUUGCAGUCGGCUGUCACAACUCACUUUUAUUUCAUCCUAAUAGAAUCAAUGCGAACAUUGGUGAUCAGGUCACAUUUAACUUCUGUUCUCUAAAUCACACUUUAACUCAGUCAACUUUGGAAAGGCCAUGUUCUUCAGUCUCAAAGUUCGACACAGGAUUUAAUCAAUAUAAUCCUGAUGAUGUGAAACAUCUGGCUCUGACUUUGACUGUCAACACACUCGACCCGCAAUGGUUUUUCUGCGAUCAGAGCCAGCCCAUUUCCCACUGCCAUGAGGGAAUGGUUUUCGCUCUUAACCCUGGAAAUGAGAUGGAUACUUUCCUAAUGAAUGCA